UGUGAUAACAGCUGCUGGAGGAGGGAGGCUUAUUCUGAAGUUCUUAGACGCUCCGAUAUUAAUAUAGAUGCCUACUCAGAUAAACAGACACCCUGCAAAUAGCUCUGGAGUGAGAGAGGAAACACGUCGAGAUGGGAGCUCAAAAUUCUCAGCCUUUCACCGUCCCAGAACAGGAGGAGAUCAUGGCAGAAACUGGCUUCUCCCAAGCUAAUGUUUUACGCCUUUACCAGCGCUUCCAGGCCUUGGACAAGGAUGAAAAGGGCUACCUCAGUAAAUAUGACCUUGAAAAUAUCGGGACUCUAGCUGUGAACCCAAUAGGGGAUCGGAUUAUCAAUGCCUUCUUCCAAGAUGGUGCAGUGACCACUGACUUCCGAAUGUUUGCCCGUGUCCUGGCCCACUUCCGGCCUGUGGAAGGACCUGGAGAAUCUGGGAGCAUCAACAGCCGUCUUAACAAGCUAAAGUUUGCUUUUCAACUAUACGACCAAGACAAGGAUGGGAAGAUCUCACGAGCCGAAAUGUUGCAGGUGCUGAGAAUGAUGAUUGGGAUCCAGGUGACAGAUGAACAACUAGAAUGCAUUACUGACCGAACUAUCCAGGAGGCCGAUAAAGAUGGAGACGAUGCCAUCUCCUUUGAAGAAUUUGCAAAGUCUGUGGAAAAGCUCAACAUUGAACAAAAAAUGAGCCUCCGGAUCCUGAAAUGAUCUGAUGGGCACCGGAUAAUUACCUUCCCUUCCCUAGAAGCGAAUCAGCGAGGUUCCUGGGAGUCAGGAAAUUACAGCAACUGCAUGGAGUAUGGGAUCCCAUUUAAACUGACUGAUAACUAAGGAUGUCCUAAAUUUACCGGAUUAAUGAGUGGCUGGACAUACUACAUCUAAGAAGAUAUCCAUGUCUUACUAGCUCCAUUACAGAACUUCAACCAGAAGCAGAGCUACUUUGUUUUUAACACUCUGCAAAGCACAAAGUGUGAGCCAAAGCUGUGUAUUUCAGUUUGACAUGCUGGAAUGGACAUUGAAUACACGGUCAGAGAGUAAUCCUUUCUCCACUGACACAAGGAUACAGUAACUGAAUUAUCAGGCUGAAGAGACACUUUAAGGUGUAAUGCAUUACAGAUAUAAUGGCUUUUUGUUUGAGAAAGUUAUCAUUAGCUUGGGGAAAGGGGACAUUCAUAUUUUUGCUACUUCAUCACAUAUUAGCCAUUGCCAUCUUUCCUUGCCUUACAACAAUCCAUCUCAAGAUGAUGAGGGGUAGCAAGCUUAAACAAUUGUGAUGUCACUCAGCAAGUGAAGAGUGAAAUGUUCAGGCAGGUUCACAACUGUAGAUCCAAAGCCUCAAUAAAAGAUAACACAUAGUAAAAGCAAAA